CACCUUAUGGCAUCAUAUGACACGGUUGUAGUAAAUUAAAUACUCCCCACCCAAAAGCUGUGAUACAAAAUGCAAAAUGCCACCUGCAGAUCAGAUGCUGUUAAUGAACUCAACCGCGUCCACAAACACAUCAGCAAAUAUUGUUCGCAAACUGAGCGGCAACAGCACUACCACCACCGAUGCCACCACCAUCAUGCACUACGGCAUUGGAACGGCGACGACAACAUCAUUAGCGAAUUCAAGCGACUUUCUUGGCAUAGUCAGUGUUAGAAAUGUAACACUAGAUCCAUUAUCUUUGCUGGAAAGUGGUUGUGUUGUACCAAGCGAGGAAUGGCAUGACAGUUAUUUUGGAGUAAAAUUGGCUGUACCCGAAUGGGAAGCCGUACUAACAGCAAUUGUAUUGUCUAUUAUAAUUGUUCUGACAAUUAUUGGCAACAUACUGGUCAUAUUAAGUGUUUUCACCUACAAGCCACUGCGUAUUGUUCAGAAUUUCUUCAUUGUGUCUCUGGCAGUGGCAGACUUGACCGUUGCUCUGCUCGUACUGCCAUUCAAUGUAGCCUACUCGAUAUUAGGGCGCUGGGAAUUUGGUAUUUACAUGUGCAAAAUGUGGCUAACGUGUGACGUCAUGUGUUGUACAUCUUCCAUUUUGAAUUUAUGCGCCAUUGCAUUGGAUCGCUAUUGGGCCAUAACAGAUCCAAUUAAUUAUGCUCAAAAACGGACUGUCGGUAGAGUGCUUUUGUUAAUUGCCGGCGUAUGGAUUUUGUCAUUGCUAAUAAGUUCCCCACCCCUGGUGGGUUGGAAUGAUUGGCCUGAAGAGUUCACCAGUGCAACGCCGUGUGAACUCAACUCUGACCCGGGUUAUGUGAUUUAUUCCGCAUUGGGUUCGUUCUUUAUCCCGCUAAUUAUAAUGGCAACAGUUUAUAUUGAAAUUUUCAUUGCGACCAGACGUCGACUCCGCGAACGUGCUCAAGCGGCUAAAAUUAAUACUAUUGCGACACGCUCUGCUAGUGCAGAUGUGGCGACCACCGCAUUGAAUUCAGAUGGUGAAGGCUCUCGAACAGGAGCUGUUUUAACAAUAUGCUAUAGUGUACUCUGCUGCUGUCGCAACUCCUCUCACUUUUCGUCCACACCCAUGAUUCAGAACGACCAGGAGUCGAUUAGUAGCGAAACACAUGCCAACAACGAAAAUUCACGCGCUCAAAUGCCCGAGCAUAGAGUUGUAGUCGUGACACAACGAAAAAAGACACGCCGAGCUAAAAUCAAAGAUUCCAUCAAGCAUGGAAAAUCCAAAGUUCGAAAAAAUCAACAGAGUAAAAGCACUGAGCUAGAUCCAACAAACGCAAAAGAUGGUUGCGCUGUUGGUGCAGAAAGUCGGCUUUUAUCGCCUCAAAUCAAAAAUGUCGAUUUAGAAAAUCCAGAGAUUUCCACCGAAAGUGGCAGCGACCCUAAAGGCUGCAUGCAAGUGUGUGGUGGGGGUGGAAAUGGUAAUGGUAAUGAAAUAUCGACCGGUGACAACGACGACGAAAACAUGUCAUUAAAAAUAACUCCACCGCAAUCAUCAAUUGGUGCCGCUUCAUCGCAAGCUGUGCCGCUUCAGAAAAAACCUGGCGGUGUCUAUCAGUUCAUAGAAGAAAAACAAAAAAUUUCCCUCUCGAAAGAGCGACGUGCUGCCCGAACGUUAGGCAUAAUCAUGGGCGUAUUUGUUAUAUGUUGGCUGCCGUUUUUCCUAAUGUACGUCGUCUUACCAUUUUGCUCAACCUGCUGCCCAACUACCAAAUUUAAAAACUUUAUAACUUGGCUGGGCUACAUUAACUCUGUGUUAAAUCCAAUUAUCUAUACAAUAUUUAAUCUUGAUUAUAGACGAGCGUUCAAAAGACUUCUUGGUUUAAACUAAGAUUACUACUACUCUAUAACUAAUAAAUUAUUUAUAAAACUAAUUAUGUAGUUUAAAUUAAUCAAACUAUUUUAUUUUGUUUAAUAUAAUUUUACUUUGUUAACUAUCCUUUUAAAUAUAAAAAUAAAUAAAUAAAAAACAUAAACAAAUUUAAGAUAAUGUAUUGUACAUAUUUAAGUCAUUCGAAUGCAUGCAUGUAUGUAUUUAUGUACAAUUUAUAUUAUAUACUCAAUUUAAAGUGAAUACAAAUUUUAAUUACAUGUUUAAUUACUUA